GUUUUUGCACUCGUCCCAGCUCCUUUCCGCUAUAAAGGCAGCCCACCGCCCGCUCCGCUCCAGCACGCCCCUUCGACACCCUCGCCAUCCUUUGCUCAGCAGUCUCCGGACCCCAGCCUCCAGUUCAGCUCGCCAUGGAUCCCAACUGCUCCUGCACCGCAGGUGAAUCCUGCACAUGUGCCGGCUCCUGCAAAUGCAAAGAUUGCAAGUGCGCCUCCUGCAAGAAGAGCUGCUGCUCCUGCUGCCCCGUGGGCUGUGCCAAGUGUGCCCAGGGCUGCGUCUGCAAAGGGGCUUCGGACAAGUGCAGCUGCUGUGCCUGAAGGCGGGGAGAGCCUGCUCCCAGGUGUAAAUAGAACAACGUGUACAAACCUGCAUAUUUUUUUUUAAUACAACCUGACCCGUUUGUUACAUCCCUGUUUUUUUUUUUUUGGUUUUUUUUUUUUUUUUUUUU